AAUACAUUGACACUCAUGUGGAUCAGUAAUAAUUUAAAAAUAGAAACAACCAUUGUGUUAGAUAUAGCGUAAAUUGGAUAACAUUGAAUAGAAUUAUGAUGAAAACGGAUAUAACUAUUAUUCUUUCCUUUUAGGUGACAUUAUUUAAAGUUUGGCUGGUGUAGGAAACUAUAUUUGAUAUUGUGCAAAAAUUUAACGUUAACGAAAAUAUCGUCAUUAAAUAUUUAAAAAGAAUGCCGGAAUAGAAUAUAAACAAGUGUAAGUUUUCGCUUAUGUGUUCCAGAGGAACUAGACAAAGUGGCAUAUAAUUGGCAUAAAUGUACUGUAUGUGCUUAUAAGCAUGUUAUCUAGAGUGUAUCACAAUGGAUACAUGUACUGUAAUUAAACAUUUCUUCCGUAAACGGUCAAUACGAUACGGAAUUCUGGUUUGCUUCGCUUUUUUCAUUGUACUAAAAUGUACAAGCAUCGGAAAUACAACUGUCUUAUACAGACCCAUUAGUGAAUCAAAUAUACAUAUGUUCGGAUAUAAAGACGAUGAACACCUGUCAUAUAAUAUUAAAGACAUAAGUGAUGCUAGAAGUGGUGUAAAGGGUAACACAUUAAGUGACACUAUGAAUGAAGUUUUAAAUUUAGCAAGAAACAUUAGUUCAUAUAAUAGGACAGUUUUAGUCAGCAUAAUAAAUAACGCAUAUUUACCAUUUGCUUAUAGCUGGCUAUGCAACACAAAGGCUAUGGGAGUUCAUAAAUCUGUAUUAGUAAUUACAACGGAUAAUGAAUCUAAAAUUAAGCUUAAUAGAGACUGGCCUGAGGUGUCAGUCUUCAACUUAAAACUUGAUAUGCCCCAUGGUGAUCAGAUAUGUGGCCGUGUUGGCUAUCUUACAAUUAUGGUUCGUAGGACAGAAAUAAUUUUGUCUUUAUUACAGGCAAAUAUUGACUUAUUUUUAUUUGAAUUUGACUGCGUUUGGUUUUCAAAUCCAACACCUGGCUUUCAAAAGCGAUCUGGUGUUGACAUGUUGGUGAAUCUAGCUUAUAAAUCCGCCGAAGGAAAUAUUUUCAGCGGAGGAUUUCUUUAUCUUUUUGCAACAAACCGGACUAAAGCUCUCUGGACUAAACUGACAAAAAUGAUGUGGAAGCUUGAACGAGAAAUAAAGGACAAACCAGAUAAAAAAGCAGUAUCCAACAGGCAAGAUGACAGAACUUUCUUAUCUAAGUUAAUCAACAAAAGAUAUGCUAACAUUACUAUACAAUUACUAAACAGAGAUGUAUACGUUAAUGGUAGAUGGUACAAAAUGACUAACGCCAAGAGGCAGAAAUUACACCCUAUUAUUAUCAUGAACAACUGGAUACUAGGAAACAAGAAUAAAAUCAACAGAGCAAAGCAAUGGAACCAUUGGUUUCUACGUCCUGAUAAUACCACGUGUGACCUGGAAAUGGUUCUUCCUGCAUCCUACAAAACAAAAGCAGAGAGUCAUAACAGCUGCGUGAGCACUGUCUGCCACUUGACAAAACUACGAAUUCACUGUCAAGCGCAACAUAUAUUAAUACCUACGGUAUGGAAAAAGUUUCAAGGCCGAAGUUAAGGAUAAGUCAAAGCUCAAAUGGUGUAAGUAAAUCUGGACGAGGUCACCAAUAAUCAUCAAUGCAUUGAUUCAAUUCUAUGGUGACGAAGAGCAAGAAAUCGUUUUACGGCAUUUCGGUUCCCGUAGUUAGAACCGUGCUACUGCAAGAGAUAUCAUGCGUUGUUAAUGUAUCUGACGUUGACUGGCAAAUUGUGAGCAUGUUAGUGGAUAACUGCAGUACAGUGCGAAGUGUGUCUGGAUGUGUUGAAGCUCUUGUACGUUAAAUAAAAACAAGAAUGUUUGAUAAGAGCGGCGAUAGUGUGCACAUGAUCAGUAACACUGCAAUAACAUUUCUCAGUAAUGUGGAAAAAAGUGUACACCCAUUUGGUUCUGAUCUGUUUUAUGACAUAAAAGAGUUACCGAUUGUGAAACAAAUUUUCCACGAACUACAAAUCUUGUUGAGCAUUGCUUCGCCUAAGCAUCUGAUUCAGUUCAUUCCAGUGCUAGAUGUUUCCACCAGAGUGGUAGAAUUACUGGACCCUUUUGAAGUUUACUAUUACAGUCUUCUAUCCGAGGAAGAGAAAAUAAAUUACAGGUAGAUUUGUUUUAGAUUAUAAUACUCUACAAUGCCGGAAAAUAAAUGUUUUUGGAUAAUUAAAGUAUUUUGUAGAAAGAAUUCAUUAGAAAAAAGAUUAAAAGCUACAUGAGGUAUAUAUUUGUCGACAUGAUAUUCGUAAACCAUUCUGUUCUUUAUGCAUUUAGUACAUUUUGUUAUAUUUAUGCAGUGUAUACUUUAGAUAUAUAGAAUGGUAAACUGCUUUGUGUAAUAUGGUUAUCAUU